GUUCAUCAUCGAGUUUGAGCAUCAAGUCAUCGUAUAUAAUUAAGAAACAGGCCGGCGCCAUAUAGAUAUAGCCUAUCCAGUAUCCACCUUGCAAAUCCCACAGCACUACGUAUCACAAGAAACAACAAUGGCCGCUUGGACAAGAAAGGCCACCGCCACCGCCAAGGCCUUGGCGAGCUGCGUGCCCGGUGCUAUUCUUCGUGACGACGAUGACAAGCAGAGGAUCGUCGUCCCGAAAGGGUACCUCCCCCUAUUGCUGGUUCGCGGCGGCGGCGGCGGCGGCGACGACGACGACCAAGGUGCAGGCUCGGAGACGAGGGUCCUGGUGCGCGUGAGAGACCUCAAGGAGCCCUGCAUGGCGGCGUUGCUGGAGAUGGCCGAGCAACAGUUUGGGUACGGGCAGCAAGGGGUGCUCAAGGUCCCCUGUGACGCGGAACGCUUUCACCAUGUGGUUAACAUGGCACGCAAGUACAAGGUUGCUAGUACAUAAAUCUGCAUGUACGAGGUUAAUUAGUUGCUGGGAGAAACGACAUAGCUAGAUUCUUCAUUAUUUUUGGUUACAUCGGCUUCACGUAUUCUAGCUAGUUGGACUUGGACGGGUAUGCUAAUUAAUGCGACGUAAGUCUACCGCAAGUUUGAUUUGGUUAUUAUAGGAAGAAGAGAUGA